AUGGCGACAGGAUCGUCAUCCCAGCCCAUGUUAGAGGGGGACACACCGAGCACAAUCACACUUCACAUACUCUGCCAGUCUCUACCCCCUCCAAGCCGGUUUACACUCGAGAACGUUCCACUCUCCUCCACAAUCGCACAGCUCAAGAGCCGGAUUGAACAAUCCUUUCCGAAUAAUCCUCAAGCAUCACACCAGAGGCUCAUCUACCGAGGGAAACCCCUCACUGUAAAUGACGCAACACUCAGAGCAGUAGUCUCAUCUAUGGAGGAAGGCAUUGAUAGUAUGCACCUCGUGCUACCACCUGAGGCGACACACACAGAAGCACCUUCUACCUCUCAGAUGCCGCAACAUUCGCCUCUCGGGGAUUCUGCCCAAGCUUCCACUUCCUCCUCCACCUGGCUUGGUGACUCUAACCCUGAUUAUUCGGCGACAGCAGCUAGCAUGUCCCCAUACCCGAGAAUUCCUAGGACAAUGGAUUCAACUCCAGCUUCUCCACGCGUGACAGUCAAUCAAUACGUCAACGCCUCUUCAUUUAACCAACACUCAGAAACUACAGAUGCAACAGAAGCCCAUGGUGCAGAAUUCUCUCAGCGUAUCCGUACUUUACGAGGUCACAUCGAGGAGAUCGAGAGACAGCUGGACCGACGCAUCAUGCCAUCCAUGGAGAAUAUCAUCCGCAUACGGAACCAGCUUCUUGAAAUUCAAGAUGCACGACCUGCGAGUCAACUUCCUCUGCCUGGUGUUGCAGAACUAGUUGCUCGUAUUCUUGAUACUCAACAACGCGCCCGUCUCAUGGAAUAUAUGCAACAACAGCAUUUGCAGACAAGCGGUAUAGCUCAGAGCGCCGUUGUUGCCCAAACAAGUGUUCCGACCACGCUCGGAUCCAACUCCACUCAGAUCUUCAUGCUCGCCUCGCCAAUGGAAGAUAAUCAUAGUGGUCGCGGGAGACAGUACCACUUAGUAACCCGACCCAUAACGCAGCAGGCCGUUUCGUCCAAUACAGCCCCCACCAACGAAUUUGGCGCGCCUCGAGCACCUCCAGCACCCCAGCCACCACAAGCGCCACAAGCACUACAAGCACUACAAGCACCACAAGGACCCGGCCAAAAUGCAGCGGUAGUCCACGCCGUCCGCCAAGCGAUGCUCAACCAGCAGCGCCGCGGCCACAACAUCGAGCACGCCGGCCUGGCACGACAUAUCCGCCGCAUCUGGCUAUUCACCCGUUUAUGGCUCUUCUGCUACCUCACCAGUGCCCCUGGCACCUGGAGGCGUUACAUCUUUGUCAGCAUUGCCUUGCUGGUAACGUUUUUUUCUGAGACCGACAUCCCACGGCAGUUUGCGACUACGAUUAUUAGUCCCAUCCAACGCCAUCUCGAGGGCCUGACCCAUGCCGGUGGCCCGGCAGAUCGGGCCACCCAAACUGGAGCCAAUGAUGUUGCUGCGGAGUUCAGUAUUUGGGACCAGAUACGCCGCGCGGAGCGAGCCCUUGUUUUUCUUUUUGCGAGUUUAGUCCCCGGUCUCGGUGAGCGGCACGUCCAGGCUCGCACUGCAGCAGACCAAGCUUUCUUAGCUGAGCAGGAGCGUCAAGUGCGGGAACGUCAGGAGCAGGAGCAGGCACGGGAGCGGGAGCGCCAGGAGCAAGAACGGGCUCAAGCUGGUGUGACGGAGGACGCAGGAAAUGCAGGUACUGAACAAGAGUAG